GGCGCUGCCCUGAGCUCUGACAUGGAGGAUUUCCUGGAGUUUGGAAAGCUGCUGCUUCUUUUUUCUCUGAUUGGGACUUGCUCUUUGGACUUGGGAGAGCAGCCAGUCUAUGUACGAUGCAGCCCCACUUGGUUCCUCGCCAGAGUCAAGCAAAAUGCAUUUGACAGUGACAUCCCAAUGGCCCCUGAAGAAGUGUAUCUAGGGCGUACCUGUCCUGUAAGCUCUGUACAUCCCGGAUUCUACCAGUUUCUGUACCACACCAAUCAGUGUGAGAUCAGGACUGAGGUUCUUCCAGAGGAUCUGCUCCUUUUCGAGUCUGAAAUCUUCUUUGUAUCAAUGCUGUCAGACGUUUACGCAACAAUACCCGUGGUCUGCAUUGUGCCCCGCCAUCCAGCUGCUAUCAAAAACAAAGAACGCAACGCCUGUGAAGAGAAUGUCUCCUCGGAGAGCUCCUGGGAGAGCUCCUCGGAGAGCUCCUCGGAGAGCUCAGGAAGAGCCCUGUACACUUUGCAGAGGCAACUGCAAACUUGAGAGCAAACUCCCUGCUCCAGUGCUUCUCCACUGCUCUUUCUCCACCUGAGUUUUCAGAAGCGGAAAUAAUGCCCAGAAAUUGUGGCUGCUGCCGCUGGACAUGUUAGAAGCUGUGCCUAAGGAUCCUGCCUAUCUUACAUUUUAAAAUGUUUUAAACGACUUGAUUUUUAAUGAAAUGGCUCUUUAUACUUUCCU